CUGCUCAACAGCUUGUUAUUUGGUGGAUUGUGGCAGUAAAUCGGGGCGAGUGGGGAAUCCGGCGCAGGAACUGCCGCCGCGGCCCGGAGUGGUGCUUCCCGGACGGGGGCCCACGGCGGUCAGUUGGGUGGAGGACUAGAGAGCUGACAGCUCGCACUUCACCCGCAGUAGCCAAGAUAACUCGUUGAGCUGGAACCCCACAGAUCACCAAUAAAAAUGAAGGCGGCGGAUGAGCCUGCCUACCUGACAGUGGGAACUGAUGUCAGUGCCAAGUACCGAGGUGCCUUCUGUGAGGCAAAGAUUAAAACGGUGAAAAGGCUGGUGAAAGUUAAGGUACUCCUGAAACAGGAUAAUACAACACAAUUGGUGCAGGAUGACCAAGUAAAGGGUCCUUUAAGAGUUGGAGCUAUUGUUGAAACCAGGACAUCUGAUGGAUCCUUUCAGGAAGCUAUUAUCAGCAAGUUGACAGAUGCUAGUUGGUAUACUGUGGUGUUUGAUGAUGGUGAUGAGAGAACAUUGAGACGUACAUCACUUUGUCUGAAAGGAGAGAGACAUUUUGCGGAGAGUGAGACACUUGACCAGCUUCCACUAACAAAUCCAGAGCAUUUUGGAACUCCAGUAAUUGCAAAGAAGACCAAUAGGGGAAGAAGGUCCUCGCUUCCAGUUACUGAAGAUGAAAAGGAAGAAGAAAGUAGUGAAGAGGAAGAUGAAGAUAAGCAACGUCUCAAUGACGAAUUAUUAGGAAAAGUUGUUAGUGUGGUAUCUACAGCUGAGAGGACUGAGUGGUAUCCUGCUUUGGUAAUAUCUCCUAGCUGUAAUGAUGACAUCACAGUGAAAAAGGAUCAGUGUUUAGUUCGAUCAUUUAUUGAUUCUAAAUUUUACUCUAUAGCAAGGAAGGAUAUUAAGGAAGUAGACAUUCUCAAUCUACCAGAAUCAGAGCUCUCCACUAAACCAGGGCUGCAGAAAGCAAGUGUCUUCUUAAAAACUAGAAUUGUUCCUGAUAAUUGGAAAAUGGAUAUAAGUGAAAUCCUUGAGUCAUCCAGUAGUGAUGAUGAAGAUGGUCCAGCUGAAGAAAAUGAUGAAGAAAAGGAAAAGGAAACCAAAAAGGAAGAAGAGGAGGUGCCUGAGGAAGAGCUUGAUCCUGAAGAGAGGGACAACUUCCUCCAACAGCUUUAUAAGUUUAUGGAAGACAGAGGUACCCCAAUCAACAAACCACCUGUUUUGGGCUACAAAGACCUCAAUCUCUUCAAACUCUUUAGACUGGUUUAUCAUCAGGGUGGAUGUGACAAUAUUGAUAGUGGUGCUGUAUGGAAGCAAAUUUAUAUGGACCUUGGCAUUCCAAUUUUGAAUUCAGCUGCUUCCUACAAUGUAAAAACUGCUUAUAGAAAGUAUCUCUAUGGUUUUGAGGAGUACUGCCGUUCUGCAAAUAUUCAGUUCAGAACUAUUCACCACCAUGAGCCAAAAGUAAAAGUGGAAAAAAAAGAGUUAGAAGAAUCAAUGGAAGAGGCUCUAAAAGUAAAUCAAGAAAUGCCUUUAAUAGAAGUGAAAAGUGAACCUGAGGAAAAUAUUGAUUCAAAUAGUGAAAGUGAAAGAGAAGAAAUAGAAUUAAAAUCUCCAAGGGGACGAAGGAGAAUUGCUCGAGAUGCAAAUUCUAUUAAAAAGGAAAUUGAAGAGGAGAAAACAGAAGACAAAUUAAAAGAUAUUGAUACAGAAAAUAAGGGUGUAGAUGAUGACUAUGAAAUGUCAGAGAAAAAAGAAAAUGAACUACUACUGGGGAGAAAAAAUACGCCAAAGCAAAAAGAGAAGAAAAUUAAAAAGCAAGAGGAUUCUGACAAAGACUCAGAUGAAGAGGAAGAGAAAAGCCAAGAGAGGGAAGAAACUGAGAGCAAAUGUGACUCUGAAGGGGAGGAAGAUGAGGAAGACAUGGAACCCUGUCUAACGGGAACCAAAGUGAAAGUGAAGUAUGGACGAGGGAAAACUCAGAAAAUUUAUGAAGCCAGCAUUAAAAGCACUGAAAUUGAUGAUGGAGAAGUUUUAUACUUGGUACAUUACUAUGGAUGGAAUGUCAGGUAUGAUGAAUGGGUGAAGGCUGACAGAAUAAUCUGGCCUUUGGACAAAGGUGGACCAAAGAAAAAACAAAAGAAGAAAGCUAAGAAUAAAGAAGAUAGUGAAAAAGACGAAAAGAGGGAUGAAGAGAGGCAGAAGUCAAAACGGGGACGACCUCCUUUAAAAUCAACCCUUUCAUCAAACUUGCCAUAUGGUUUAUCUAAGACAGCAAACAGUGAAGGAAAAUCAGACUCUUGUUCAUCUGAUAGUGAAACAGAAGAUCCUUUAGAAAAGAAUUCGAUAAAUGAAGAACUCUCUCCUGAUAUUAAGGAAGAACUAGAAAAAAAUGAUAAUUUAAAUGAUGAUAAACUAGAUGAAGAAAAUCCAAAGAUUGCUGCACACGUAUUAAAGGAAAAUGAUAGGACUCAAAUGCAGCCUUUAGAAACCCUGAAGUUAGAAGUUGGAGAGAAUGAACAAAUAGUGCAGAUUUUUGGAAACAAAGUGGAACAAGUAGAAGAAGUAAAGAAAGAGGCAGAAAAAUCUCCUAAAGGAAAGGGAAGGCGAAGCAAAACAAAAGAUCUUUCUUUAGAAAUUAUAAAGAUUUCAUCAUUUAGCCCGGAUGAAGCAGGAAGUGAACCUCACAUAGAAGCUCAUAGUCUUGAAUUUUCCUCAUUAGACAGUAAAAACUUUUCUUGUGCUACUGAAGAUGAAAUUGACCAAUAUGGGAAAGAAAAAAAGUUGAAACGGAAAAUUUUAGGACAAUCAUCACCAGAGAAAAAAAUAAGAAUUGAGAAUGGAGCAGAAAUGACAAAUAGUGUGUCUCAAGAAAGGACCAGUGAUUGUAUUGGAUCUGAGGGGAUAAAAAAUUUAAAUUUUGAACAGCACUUUGAAACAGAAAAUGAAGGAAUGCCAUCAUUAAUAGCAGAGUCAAAUCAAUGUGCCCAAGAGUCGAGUGGCGAAAAACUUGAUAGUCCAGCUGCAGAAACUGUACAUACACCACUGAAAGAAGAGGAGGAGGCAAUGCCUCUGAUUGGACCUGAAACCCUGGUCUGCCAUGAAGUUGAUCUGGAUGAUCUGGAUGAGAAGGAUAAGACCAGCGUGGAGGAUGUGGCAGUGGAGAGCCCCGAGUCCAGCUCCCUCGUUUCUGUCCCGCCUGCCCUCCCUCCUGCAGCACAGCAUAACUUCUCAGUAGCUUCACCACUUACUCUCAGUCAGGACGAGUCUCGAAGUGUAAAGAGUGAGAGCGACAUAACGAUCGAGGUCGACAGCAUUGCUGAAGAGUCUCAAGAAGGUCUCUGCGAGAGGGAAUCAGCAAAUGGGUUUGAAGCCAGCACCACCCCUGGUACCUGCAGCAUAAUUGUACAGGAACGAGAGAGCAGGGAGAAGGGUCAGAAAAGGCCAAGUGAUGGAAAUAGUGGAUUAAUGGCAAAAAAACAGAAGCGUACCCCAAAGCGAACAAGUGCUGUAGCCAAAAAUGACAAGAAUGGAGCAGGACAAAGCAGUGAUAGUGAAGAUCUUCCAGCUGUAGACAAUUCAAGUAAAUGUACCCCAGUGAAGCAUCUUAGUGUGUCUAAGCCACAGAAGCUUACACGAUCACCUGCAAGAACCUCCCCCCAUAUCAAAGAUGGAGAGAAAGAGAAACACAGAGAAAAACAUCCAAAUUCCUCUCCUAGGACAUAUAAGUGGAGCUUUCAACUCAAUGAAUUAGAUAAUAUGAAUAGUACAGAGAGAAUCUCUUUUCUUCAAGAAAAAUUACAGGAAAUCAGAAAAUAUUACAUGUCUUUGAAGUCUGAAGUUGCAACCAUAGACAGGAGAAGAAAAAGAUUAAAAAAGAAAGACAGAGAAGUGUCUCAUGCAGGAGCCUCUAUGUCAUCUGCUUCAUCAGACACUGGAAUGAGUCCCUCAUCAUCAUCUCCCCCACAAAAUGUACUUGCUGUAGAAUGCAGGUGAUAAAACAUUUUCUCUGCCUUCCCAGCAGUUUGCUGCCAUGGACAUAAAUUCCAAAACCCUGAAAUACAACCACAGAGAGCACUCAACUCGUUUGACAUUGCUAAGUAUAUCCUGUGUACUUUUCCAGGCUGGAUUGUAUCUAUUCCCUUCUCUCUUCUUUUUUUCUUGUUGCAAAAAAAAUAAGCUGAUUAAUAAUUGAAGGUUAGGCAGCCUGCCAUAUUUGUUAUAAUUUUUCCUCUUUAUUUUUUUCAUUUUUUGUGAUAUAGAAAAAAAAGGGCACUUAGCAAAUUUGAAUUUGUAAAAUAAAGCUUUUCAGGUGUUAUAGAAAUCAUAGACAAGCAAGUGCACAUGGUAAACAUCAAAAUAUUAUCCAGCUGAAUAGAUACUGCUGCACUUUCACUAAGAUGUAUUUGAACACUUGGUGAGUAGGGGGUUUAUGUUGUGUUUUUUUAUUGUUGUUGAUUUUUUUUUUUUUUUUUUUUUUAAUUUUCGUGGAAGCACUUGCUAUUUAGAACUGCCAAAGUAUAUGUUCAGCAGUGUGCCCAGGUUUAAAGGUGUAAAUGGGACAAAAUAAAUUGUGAAAGGAAGUGUAGUUGACUGAAAACUACAGUUGUAAUAAGUCUUCCACUUUUUAUAGGACUUUUGAGCACACAAUUAUGCAAAUAUUUUAAUGUUUAUUAAUGUUUACAGUGGAAUUGUGAAUAAGUUUUCAGUGGACUAUCUUAUCCCUUGACAAAAAUAUUUUGUCUUUUUUCUAUGUAAUUUCAGAGUUUUUAUUUUGUUACAAAAAUACAAAAAUGAAAUAUAUAACAACAAUGAAGUUAUUUAACAAGAUUUCUAAAGCUGAAAAUUUUGUGUAAAAUAAGGUAUUAUCUUGCAACUUGUUAAAUAUAUUUAUUCAGACAUUGGAUGUUGUAUUUUUAUGUAUUUUUUAAAAUAUUAAUAAAAUUGAAAAAAAGAAAAUUCUAGGUUAAUUCACUCUUUGGAUGACACUAGCGCUCAGCUGUCCCUUUUACAGGAGGUGCCUCCAGUAGCCUGGCCUGUACUGAAGGGAGUCUGUCUCAGUCCUUCAACAGAAUAGAACUAUAAAUGGGCAUCUGGAUCAUUGGAGUAUGUCCUUAUUUAGAAACUUUGGCAGUCCUAGUAUUUAAACUGUUUUGAGGAACAAAUUUUUGGUUGCCCUUCAAACACUUUGUCACAGUUUUAUGUUUGCUAUACUGCCGAAUAAAUUUAUAUCUCCCAAAGUUGAGAUGCAACAACUAAGUAAAGCAACUAUGUAUGCUUUGUCUGUGAAUUGUUCCACAGGCUGAUACAUUUUGUAAAUAAUUCUUCCAAAAUCGUGUAUUUAAAGCAGUUUUGCAUAUACAUUAUGUAAAAAGGUGAUUUUUUAAGAGCAAUUUUUAAAUUCAUGUUUGUACAUUGAAAGGGUUUUUUUUUUAAACCUCCUUUUCUGUGUUUAAUACGCUGUAGAGGAAUAACCUAGAUGCUCUAGACUGUAUAUCAGGAUCUGAUUUACAAGAACCAAGUCGGAGCUAAGCACUAGUGAUGGCAUAGCAUUACUGAAAUCAUUGUUUCUUAAUUUUAUUUGACCACAUUGUGAACUUGUGAUUCAGAUUCCUUCCAUUUUCUCAGAGAAUUAAAAACAAAAAAGUACUCUUGUAAAAUGCACUUUUCUGUCUUUUCUUUGCAAAGCAGAAGUAUUUCAAUGUAAAAUAAAAAUGGAGCUCAGUGGUCAGUAUUAAUAAAGACUAUGUUUUAAACAUAGGCUUUAUAUUUUUAGUUUUCAUUUAAGCGGUUGCUUUUUUCUCAAAUGCCAGUAAUUUUAUAGUUGGAAAAUUAGAUUUCACAAAACAAAGCAUUUCAGUAUAUUCUUUAGCUUUUAUGAUAAAAUAUUUCUAGUACUUAAUUAUAAAAAUAAAAAAAUGUAUCAUUCAAAUCUAGUUGGAACUAGGAAGCAACCUUAGAUUUAUACAUUUUUUUUUUAUGAUUUCCUUUAGUGGCAAUUCAGUAAAUCUGAGAUAACUAAGUUUUCAGUUUGAGUCAGAUCCCUUUUAAUUGACAUAAAUUUGGUAGUGAAGUAUUGGAGUGUUGCUACUAAGAAUAAAAUGAUAUCUUCAUUGAAUAAAUACAUAGACACUAUUAAAAAUCCUUUCAUUUGGGGCCUGGAAAAGGUUAUAAAAUUAAAGGACUAUUUACUAGGCAUUACAAUUCAAAUAUUGGGCAUAUUUUGAGUUUAUCCAAAAUUCAGAUAGUUCUUGCAUGUGACUAAGAAAGUAAAAGGGCAGAGACACUGUAAUACCUAAAAUGGAAGGUUUUAUCUAUAAAAUCAAGGUAUUUAAUUUCAGUUUUCCAUUGUAUGCCUUUAUUGUUUGCUGUUUUUGUAUUAAAUUUCCAGCUUAACUGUCUUUUACCAAGAAAGAUGGUUGUGUUUAGCAGAUUUAAAAGACUACUACAUACUAUACCUGUGAAAUUGCUUUAAAUUAUGGAAAUUAUAUUGAUCAAGCAAUUAAUUUACUUAUGUACCUUUCUUAUGAGCUCUGUAAUUUAAAAUAGGUAUCAAAUUGUGAAAACAUUUAUAGCUAACUUUAGCACACAAAACCUUACCAGAAUUAAUUCAUCAACAAUUUAUUGAGUAUCUUCUAUGUGGCAGGUAUUAUGCUAAUAAUGCUGAGACCCAGGAGCCACAAAAGUGAACAAGACUGAAAAAGGUCCCUAUCUUCAUGGAAUGUGUAAUCAGAUGGGUAGAUGUUAAAACAAUUAACCUGUUUCAUUCUUAGCUGCAGGUGUGAUAAGCCUAUGAAGUUAUGGUGUGCCAUGAAACCCUGAUUCAGAGCCCAACUAGUAUGAAGGUUUGGGCGGUCUGGGAAGACUUUGCAGAGAAGGCAACAGUGAAUCUGAGCCCCAGUGAAGAUUAUUUGGCUAGGAAAUGGGAGGAGAGAGGUGGAUUGUCUAGUGUUCCAAGUACAUGGGGAAGGAGAAUUUGGUAGAAAGCAGCCAGGGUUAGAGCAGACCUGGGAUAAGCGUCAGGUUAAACAGAACCAUUGCUCAAACUUUGCAACUACCCACCUCUACUUCUUGCUCUUCUGGUCCCCUGCCACUGUUACCCCUUGCCCAGAGCUGACUUGAGCCAUGUUUCCAUGAAGUUUUUGUUAACUUCACCACCAGAGAAUAUCGUCCUCUUUUUUGCUCUGAUAGCUUUUUUCUCUGUAGUGUUUAAUCUGAGAGCUUACUUGGUAUUAUGUUGACUUGUCCAUGUGUGUGCCUCUGCCCUACUAGAUAUAAGUUUCUUAAGUGCUCCUAAGUCAUAGGUGUGUCCCACAAAGUGCCUGGUCCUGUCUCUAACAUAGUAAGGUGGUCAAAAACUGUUUAAAUUUAUAAAAAUUAC